AUGGCAGAUGGGUGGACUGAUCAAAGGCAACGAACUUUAAUUAACUUUCUAGUUUAUUGUCCUGCUGGUAUGUCAUUUGUUAAGACUGUUGAUGCUUCUGAUGUGAUAAAAACUACCAAUGCAUUUUUUAAUUUGUUUGCUGAUGUUAUUGAGUGGGUUGGGCCUAGUAACAUUGUGCAUGUGGUCACUGAUAAUGCUGCUAAUUAUGUAUCUGCUGAAAAACUUAUUCAUGAAAAAUACCCAAAUAUAUUUUGGUCUCCCUGUGCUGCCCAUUGUAUCAAUCUUAUAUUGAAAGAUAUUGCAAGUAUUCCUCGGAUAUCUGACCUUGCUUCCCGUGCUUCAAAAGUGACUGUGUUUGUCUACAAUCAUAUGAUCUUAUUGUCUUGGCUUAGAAAAAGAAAAAGUUGGACAGAAAUUGUUCGACCAGGAGUCACACGUUUUGCCACUGUUUUCAUUACUUUGAAAAGUAUAUAUGAUCACAAGGUAGAUUUGCAGACAUUGAUGGUAGACCAAUAUUUUACUUCUCAUAAGUUAUCCAAAAGUGCUAAUGGAAAGAUGGUUAGCUCAAUUGUCUUGGAGAGUAAGUUUUGGCAAGACUGUCUUACCACUGUGAAAAUUGUUGGUCCUCUUAUUAAGUUGUUGAGGCUUGUUGAUGCUGAUGAAAAACCCUCUUUGGGAAUCGUGUAUGAAGGCAUGCAAAGAGCAAAAAAGGCUAUCAAGACCAUGUUCAGAAAUCGAAAAGCUGCUUAUACGCCAUACACAAGUAUCUUGAAAAUGAGGUGGGAUAAACAUUUGAAGCGUGAUCUCCAUGCGGCAGCGUACUUUUUAAAUCCGGGCAUUUUCUACAGUGAGGGUUUUGUUGAGAAGGCAAAUGUUUUGAGAUCUUUACUUGAUUUGCUUGAUGUUGAAACACUUUGUGAUGACUCAGUUACUGCAACGCAAGAGAUAUAG